ACGUAUAAUUGACUGGCCGGGACCCUUCUUCAGGAACAACAAGGCGCCAACUCUUCCAACCACGUCGGUAGCUUGCUAGCCAACAUAAAAGUGAAAGAUUGACGCUUUAGACCAUGUUAAUGUACAUUAUCUAAUCUCAGUGUUUUAAACACAGUUCUGUUGACGUAUUAACUGGUUAACUGUAACCUAAUUUGCAAACUUGUUAAAGAUUGAUGCUGAGCCUAGCACUAGGCUAGUCGCUAAUGCUAACUAGCUAGCUAACAUCCCUGACCAUGAGCUCAUUAAAGUACUCAUCCCCUGCUAAAGAAGAGGAGGUCUGCUGUUUGGAGAAAGAAGUUCUGGCGCUGAACAUUGAAGAAGAGGAUGAGGUUACAGUGAAAGAAGAGAAAGAAGCUUUUAGAAUGAAAAAGGAGGAAGAUGAGGCUGUUAUAGUGGAAGAACAUUUCAGAAUGAAAAAGGAGGAAGAGGAGACUGUUAUAGUGAAGGAAGAAGAUGCUGUUAUAGUGAAAGAACAUUUCAGAAUGAAAAAGGAGGAAGAGGAGACUGUUAUAGUGAAGGAAGAAGAUGCUGUUAUAGUGAAAGAACAUUUCAGAAUGAAAAAGGAGGAAGAGGAGGCUGUUAUAGUGAUAGAAGAGAAAGAACCGUUUAGAGAGGAACAGGAUGCUGUCUCAAUAAAGGUGAAGGAGGAAGACGUUUUUGGAGUGAAAGAGGAAGAGACAGAAUAUCAGAUUAACACCAGAGAGAGACAUGACUAUGGUGGAUCCUCUGGGGAGCCUCAACAACAUCCUGAUGCUGAUGAGGCAGAGAAGAGUCGCUCCAGAUCAGAACACCAGAUGGUACAGCUUGGUCUGGAUGAGCAAACAGCUUUCUCUCGCUUGUGGGCUGGGUUUCUGUAAAGCACUUUAUGACAACAGUGACAUCAGCAUCCAUAAUGAUGUGCGUCUGUGUCCCCUCUUUAUGGU